AUGACCAAGGAUGAAAAAACAAAACUGUGGUCCAAACACCAGACCUACUUGAGAGGCAACCAGGAUGAAAAGAGCACAUAUGAUGAAGCAAGCAAAAAGGAAAAAACCGACAUGACAAUGAUGUGGCUCUUGAAAAAAGAGCAUCCAAAGUACUACCAGGUGUCCAAGGAGAUGGAAGGAUCCACCAAGGCAAAGAGGAGUGAGCAGUGGGUCAGUGAGAUGGUGAUGCUCACAAAAUGGUCUUGGGAGGAAUUACAGAUGCAUCUAGCAUCUGGGAGGAUUGUAGGAAGGGAGUGUGCCUCUACCUGGGGGGUCUAUGAGUAUUGUGACAUGCAGGAUUGGGUCACAGUCCAGGCUGCACAAUCAAAAAAACGAGCCAGAAUUGCACAAGAGUAUGUUCCAAACUCUGAUGAUGAGAUGCUCCUGGACUCAUGCAUGCAAGGCAACAUGAAAGCUAAUGCCAGCAGGCUCUUGGCUCAGAGUUCUGGCAGCAAAGGGCUUGGAAAAAGCUCAAGCAAAGGGAAAGGGAAAGGCAAAGGAAAGGGAAAAGGAAAAGGAGAUAGUCAGCUGGCCUUGCAGGAUAGGGAAGAAAAGCAUACAGAAGAUGAAGAAGAGGAUGAAGACAAAACAGAAGAAGAGCAGCUGAAGGAUGCUUACAAGAAAGCAAAGAAGGCCAGGGACAUGGCAACAGCAGUCUGUGCAGACUUUGAGGAUUGCUUGGCAAAAGCAAACCCCUACUUGAGCAAGGCAUCAAAGCAAAAUGGCUUGAAGGACCAGCAGCUCUUGGCUGCCAUGGGCAACAAACUGAAGGAAGCUGUCAGCAAAGAAAAUGUACCCCUGAAAAAGUUAAAGUCUAUGCUUCAAGAAACUGCCAACAAAGUCAAGGAGGUAAAGGACACAAUGAAAGAGUUGAAGCAAUUGGCCAACAAGGCUGGCAGCAUUGCUUCCAAGGUCUCAGUCAAGGAUGCUUGUUGGCAGCCAGCUGUUGCUCAAGAGAGCCUUGCAGAAAGGCCAGAUGCAGAGGCAGAACAUCCAAGCCCCUUUGCCACCAAGCUGCUGAGCCACUGGGCCCAUGGUACUUUGAGUGCCAAAGCCAUACAAGAAUUGGCACAUUUGGCACAGCUUGGUGGAACCAGCCAUGCAGAAGUGGCAGCCCUUGCAAAAAGUGGCAAUUAUGGUGAAAACCCAGGGAACAUUCACAAGGCAAUCAUGCAAACCUUUUUGCCUAAUGUUUCCAUCCCAGCUGGGUUUGAUGUGGAGGUGGCCACCACAAAGGACACCUGGCCAGCUUUGUGGAAAUGGUUCAGCUGGAGUUUCCAUGCCUUGCAAAAAGGCUUCCACCCCUCCAGGGAUCCAGAUGGAAAACCCUUGGAAAAAGGGUCGCCUUUCUAUCCACACAAAGGAAAGGCUUUGGCAUCUUCUUUCACAGCAGCCAUCUGGACCAUCAUUGGUGAUCAGGAAUUCUUCUCCUUGCAGCUGGGCUUGCCUCACUGGGCAUCAAAGAAUCCAUGCCACCAAUGCAACUGCACCAGCAAGAGUGGAGACCUUCCAUAUUCUUGGUUGGAUCCAGAUGUGUUCACCUAUGUGAACACAAAGGUGGCCAAGGCCAACCCCAACUCCACCCAUCCAAUCUUCAGCAUUGAUGGGGUCACCAGCAGGAUGGUGAGGGGGGAUGGCUUACAUAUCCUUUUCACAAAGGGAUUGUAUGCCCAUCUGUUGGGAAGCUGCCUGCACUACAUGUGCUGGUUUGACCCAAUCACUGGACACCAAGUGGUCAAACCACAGGAGCGCCUUGCUGUCAUCUUUACUGAAGUGCAGAAAUUCUACAAAGUGCAAGGGGCUGGAACAGUGCUCACCAACCUCAAGCUCAGCAUGUUUACCCAUGAAAAGCCCCCACACCAGUCCCAUGCAUUCCUAGAUGCAAAAGGGGGCGAAUGCAAAUGGUUGGCACCAGCCCUGCUGGAGGUGAUGAAAAAAAUGCUUGGUCCAGAAAGGGAUCACCAUGCCCAUAUGAUACAAUGUGUCGAGAUCAUGGUGCAGCUGGUCUUCUUGUGGGAUUCAGCAGACAUCUUCCUCACUGAAGCAGAAGAAGAACUCACAAUGAGUUUGUGCAACUCCUUCCUGCAGGAAUACACCUACUUGAACCAUUGGGCAGAAACAUCUGGCAGAAAGCUUUUCCACAUGGUCUUCAAGCACCACACCUUCAUCCAUCUUUGCCUUGGAGCUGCAGAAAUGAAUCCUAGAUUCCAUUGGUGCUUUAAGUCAGAAGACUUUGUGGGGGCUAUAGCCAGGCUUGCACACUCUUGCACCUCUGGAGUGGCAAGCACCAGGCUCAGCACCAAAGUUCUCCCCAAGUAUGCAAUUCUACUCCAUUUGUUGCUUACAAGAGAAGGCUUCAGCAUGGAAGGUUAG